AUGACCUCAACCAACACGAGCGCUCUAUUACCCUGUAACAAGGUCCUCACUAUCACAGAACUGCAGGAGAGGAUACUACUCUUCCUCGACCGCGACAGUCCAAGGAGCCCCAAAGUGCUCGUCAACGUCUGUCGUCUCUGGAAGAGUCUGUUUGGACCAUACGUAUGGAGGAAGGUGACGGUCCGAGAAUUCGGCAGCAAACGCCUCGCAGGAUUCAAACGUCACGGUCCCUUCAUCCGGGAUCUCACCUGUCACGGCCUCAACCGCGACGUCCUCAAAUCAAUCUCCAAUCACACCCCCAACCUCGAAAAACUCUAUCUCCAUCUGGACCGGCAUUCCAUCUGGGUCACACACGAUCUCCUUGAAAGAGCCUUCUCAGGAGCGCAGAGUCGAUUGACGACUGUGUCGAUUUACUUUGAUGCUACGGUGUUGAAUACGCGGUUGUUGUUGUCCUUGGGGAGGUUGGAGCGACUGGAAGAUCUGACGUUGGUGACGGAGAGGUUUAGUCAUGAUUUGGAUGUGGGGGUUUUGGGAGAGGUUUUGGGGUGCUGUAGGGGGUUGAGGAGGUUUACGGUGGAGAAUUCUUAUACAAAUCAGGGACGAAUUAGGGUGCUGGAUCGGCUGCAGUCGGCGAUUCAGGAGAGAGUUAUUUCGAUGAUUGAUCGGUUGCCUGGUACUUCUGGUGGUGUUGGCGGUGGCGGUCACGGGAAAAGUUCGAGACUGAGUCUUCCCGUCUUGGGGGCAACAAGGUCGACUCCGCAUCUCGUGUCGAAAAAUCAACCCCCGAUCACGGAUACCGACAACAGCAAUAUCGGCAACUUCGAGGGCGGCGAGAAGAGUAAUCUCAAGCUCCUCCGGAUAAAGCACUUUGGCGUCCAGGCCUUACAACUGAUCGAGGUGUUCAAGUGCUGCCCACAACUGGAGGAACUCGACACGCAGAACAUCUUUUACGAGCAACGCGGAUCUGAGCACUGGUCGGCAGUUACUCAACACUGUCAACAACUCCGGAUUUUGCGAAUGUCUGGACGCAGCGACUGUUUCAAUUUCGACUAUAUCGCCAAACUUAUUAUAUGCCACCCACAACUGGACGCGUUCUAUAUGCAUCUUAAUACCACGAACCUGGAAGAAUGGCGAUCGCUCGACUCUAACCUUGCAGCUUACAAAAAAGAUUACGACGGAGAGCGGCAUCCGUUGAAGACACUGUCGAUCAAGGGAUACCACAAGGAGACACUGUCUCUACUAUUGGAAGUACUAUCGAUCGAGUCCCUGGCACUCGAGACCCUUACUGUCGGCAGCCCUUGGUUCUUUCAAAUCUUUUUGGAACACAGUCCGGGGAGCGCUUUUUCGACAUACGAGUCCCUUGCCCCUCUCCAAUCCCCCGCUGAAGAGCUCAUCGGUCGGCCCUGGCAUGCACUCAAACUAUCCUUGACCCGACUCGACAUCUCAACAACCAUCGUCGCCGACCGGGAGAAAGCAUCGUUACUUUUCCGUCGCCUCCAGGAACUCGAAUCCCUCCGCGCCCUGCAUGUCUCUGCUCGUCACGUCCUCGACCUCGCCCCCGAACCCCACAGCAAUACAAGCAGUACCGUCUCUUACGACAAAAUAUUCCUCCUCCCCGAAGUGGUCGAGUACACAUUUCCCUCCCUCCUCGACUUUAUCGUCCGCGACGAAAACUCCUUAUCUUCUUCCUCUGCCCUUCCCAUGCACCAGAUCUCGAUCCCCGAAGCUGUGUAUAUGAUCGCGACAAUGCCGGCGUUACAAUACUUCCAUUUGGGAAAGGGCAGUGUGGAGGAGGAAGAUUUGGGGCGGUUGAGGUGGUCGUUUCCGGACUUUUUUAUGGCGAUACCCAAGUCGCGCCUUGACUGGAUUGGCGAUGAGAGUUCUUGA